CAGUCACCAUGGGCGGAGAUAUUCUGCCGGCCAUGUACUUUCUCGGCCUGUUCAUGCUGGAGCAAUACCGCUUUCUUGAAGUUCAGGAGGCAUGCAUCUUCGACAGCGAAGAACACGCCAUGAAACCGUGUCCUCUGGUUGCAUUCAAAGCAGACGAGGGAGAUCGUGCUGGGGUAGAAGGUAUGGCGCUCGAAUGUGCCAUUUGCCAAGUGGACGCCAUCGGCCGGGCAGAAUAUGUCUACAAGUUAUCCUGCAGUCACAAAUUCCACCGGUGGUGCCUGGUCGUGUGGUUGAUUCACGAGGGACGGUCAAACUGUCCGCUGUGUCGAGAUCAGAUCCUCGUCAACGACAUUUGCCUCCCAGCGUUGCGACAGAACUGGGGGUAUGACGACGAUGCGAUCUGUUUCCCGGUGGGAGGUUGA